ACAAUGUGCACAAUGUUCAGAUGUUACUGAUAGUACUGUUUUUAUUUGCUUAAAUUAAUAACAUCGCGUUUUUAAUGCGUCGCAGAAAUUAUACGUCACAUGUGAGGUGGCAGCAAUGGCGGCCGACUCAGCUAACAACUCUCUUCUGAUCAAUGAAUGUUACACAGACUUCCUGAGUGAGGAGUUUGAUGUGAAGACCUACACAGCUCAUGCCAUCCAUCAUGCAGUGAUCGCUGAACAUCUGGCCAAGCUUGCAGAGGGCAUCAGUCAGCUGGAUAAGGAGCUUCACUGCCAGGUUGUGGCCAGACAUGAAGAUCUACUUGCUCAGGCAACUGGAAUCGAGUCUCUAGAAGGUGUGCUUGAAAUGAUGCAGUCUCGGAUAGCUGCGUUACAGAGUGCUGUGGACAGGAUAAAGGGCAAAAUUGUUGACCCCUAUAAUAAGAUUGUGGCCCGGACGGCCCAGCUGGCCCGACUGCAGGUUGUGUGUGAUCUUCUCAGGAGGAUCAUCCGAAUCCUGUAUCUGAGUAAACGGCUCCAGGGUCAGCUUCAGGGGGGGAGCCGGGAGCUGACUAAAGCUGCUCAGAGCCUCAAUGAAUUGGACUACCUGUUUCAGGGGGUGGAUCUGUCCGGCAUCGAAGUCAUUGAGAACGACCUGCUGUUUAUAAGUCGUGCACAUCUGGAGGUGGAGAACCAGGCCAAGAGACUUCUAGAGCAAGGGAUGGAGAUUCAGAACCCAUCUCAGGUGGGAACAGCACUCCAGGUCUUCUACAAUCUGGGUAGUUUGAGAGAGACCAUCCUCAGUGUGGUGGAAGGAUACAAGGUGUCUGUGCAUGAGAGUAUCAUCAGUGCCCUUGAUAUUAAAGUCCUCACUCAGCCUGCCAACAUUCGUGGUGCCCCAGGUCGGGCUAUAAUGCCCACCCCAGGGAAUACAGCUACAUUUCGUGCUGCUCUAUGGACCAACUUGGAGAAGAUGAUGGACCAGAUAUGUGCUGCAUGUUCUCAGGUCCAGCAUCUUCACAAGGUUCUCACCAAGAAGAGGGAUCCUGUCACUCAUGUGUGUUUCAUGGAUGAGUUCAUUAAGGACGGCCAAUCGGAUAUCUUGUACACAUUCUGGGACUCAAUCACUCAGAUGCUGUCUGUGGAGCUUCAGAAAACCACAGAAGCCUCCACAUUCCUAAAGCAAGCUCUGGAGGGAGAGUUCCCCAAACUCCUGAGGCUCUACAACGAGCUGUGGAAGCGUCUACAGCAGUAUAGUGUUAAUAUACAAGGUCUCCUGGGACACAGCAGCUCAGGGCUGGAUCUAGACCUCACACUCUCUGAUACAGACACACAGGAUCUGUUCACUAAACCUGAGUAUGAUCUAGAGAAAGCUCUGAAGGCUUCCCUUCAGCCAUACGAAGCAGCGUACCUGUCCAAAUCUCUCUCUCGCCUGUUUGACCCCAUCAAUCUGGUGUUUCCACAGGGGGGCCAUAGCCCACCCUCUACUGAUGAAAUGGACAGCAUCAUCAAAACCUUUGGCAGUGAGCUGAACGUGGCUCUGGUGGACCCUGGGCUGACCAUUGCUGUGGUCAAAAACAUCUCCAAGACUGUGCAGCUGUUCUGUGUGAAGUCUGAGCAUCUGCUCUGUACUCAGGGUGACGCCAGCCAGGUGAUUGGGCCUUUAACAGAGGGUCAGAGGAGGAACGUGGCGGUGGUUAAUUCACUGUACCACCUGCAGCAGUCUCUGACUAAAGUGAUCUCCAUGCUGCCUUCCUUCCCUUCAGCUGCAGAGCAAGUGCUUACAGUGUCUUUAGAGGAGGUUCAGACUCUAAUGGACAGUGCAGUCCAGCCUCUGUUGACCUCUGUGACAGACUCAGUAGAAGCCAUUCUUCUUACAAUGCACCAGGAAGACUUCUCUGGUCCACCCACAGCUGGAGAGAAGCCAGACAUGCCUUGUUCUCUGUACAUGCGGGAGCUGCAAGGUUUUAUAUCCAGGGUCAUGAACGACUACUUCUGCCACCUGCAGUCAGUGGACUUCCUGUACGACAGAACAGAGGCCAUAGCACAGCGCGCCAUCACACUCUUCAUCCGCCACGCCUGCCUUCUGCGGCCUCUCGGUGAGGGUGGCAAGUUGAGACUGGCUGCAGACUUUGCCCAGAUGGAACUGGCUGUAGCUCCACUGUGCAGACGAAUAUCAGACCUGGGUAAGGCGUACCGCCUGCUGCGCUCCUUUAGGCCUCUUCUCUUUCAGACCAGUGAGCACAUAGCCAGCAGUCAGGCCGUGGGUGAUCUGAUCCCCUACAGUACAAUACUGCACUUCCUGUUCUCUCGUGCCCCAGCUGAACUCAAAUCCCCUCACCAGAGAGCCGAGUGGUCCGUAGCGAGGUUCUCUCAGUGGCUCGAUGACCACCAGUCUGAGAAGGAUCGCCUUGUUCUGAUCAGGGGCGCUCUGGAGGCCUAUGUACAGACUGUCAAAGCCAGACAGGGGAGGAAUUUUGCCCCGGUGUAUCCCAUCAUGCUGCAGCUGCUGCAGAAGGCCACCAGCAGCUUGGUAGAAAGAUGAGAGAUCAGGGAUUAGUGGGAAUAACGUUGUCCUGUUGUGUCCAUCACUACAAACUCACUCGCUCAGAUAUAUAUGUAUGAAUAUUUUAUCCCAGACUGGAGAGUAGAGGGGCAAGGGGGGGGGUUCUAAAUCAUCAUGUUAAACCGACUCCGUUACCGUGGUAACAUUGCCUCAUUGUUAAUUCAGUUUACUUUGAUUCUUUUCAGAUGUAACAGAUGCUUUUGUUGUAGCAGGAUAUUCACGUUUCUAAUCAUCUGUGUGAACAGAAGAGCUUUUAUAAUUCCACUGACUUAACAGACAUUUACACACACGAUGUCUUUUGAGAGAUUUCACCAUUCGUCUGCACACUGAUUAUUUAUUAUGACAUUUGAUUCAAAAUAAACAGAUAUAAAAGUA